UCAUCGAUAAGUUUGACUUCGUCUUCGCAGAGAACGGCACGGUGCAAUACAAGAAUGGGCAGCUGGUCUCCAAGCGGGCCAUUCAGGACCACUUGGGGGAAGAGCUGCUGCAGGAUCUAAUCAACUUCUGUCUCAACUACAUGGCACUGCUGAAGCUGCCCAAGAAAAGAGGAACCUUCAUUGAGUUUCGCAACGGGAUGCUGAACAUCUCCCCCAUCGGACGGAGCUGCACCCCAGAAGAGCGAAUCGAGUUCUCCGAGCUGGACAAGAAAGAGCGGAUCCGGGAGAAGUUUGUGGCAGCCUUGCAGAGGGAGUUUGCUGGCAAAGGCCUCCGUUUCUCUCGAG